AUGGGGAAAAUCACUUUCUAUGAGGAGAGAAACUUUCUGGGUCGUCACUAUGAAUGUAGCACCGAUUGCUCAGAUUUUCGCACAUCCUUGUCCUGCUGUAAUUCAAUUAAAGUAGAAAGUGGAGCGUGGGCAGUGUAUGAACAGCCCAAUUUUACUGGAAACUUGUAUGUGGUUACCAAAAAUGAAUAUUCUGAUUAUAAGCACUGGAUGGGAAUCAAUCACCAGAUUGCUUCAUGUCACAAAAUACAGCAAGCAGAUGCAAGCGUUUACAAGCUCAGAAUCUGCAACAAGGGUGAUUAUGAAACUCAAACAAUCGAAUAUUCAGAUGACUGUCCAUCUGUGUUUGACCAAUUCCAUAUUUAUAAUAUUGACUCCUGCAUCAUCCUGGAAGGUGCGUGGGUAUUCUAUGAACAUCCAAAUUACCGUGGCAGGCAAUACCUCCUUGAGCAGGGUGCCUAUGAGAAAGCUGGAAACUGGGGAGCAUCCACUUCGAAAGUGCAGUCUUUUCAUCGUAUCAUUGAGUAG